AGAGAUGACUUAACGAUGACGUACGCGAUUACGUCACAAACACCGACCACCGGGACCGAGUGCCAACGCCGGGCAGUCACCAUGGCGACGUCGGGAAAGAGAGUGGUGUACAUUUUCUCCAUCGUUCCUAGACUGGCACAGCUCGUUCAAGAGGCUAUACCAGAUGUUGUUGUGAUUAAUAUCAAGCCUGAAGGGCGUGUUGCAGCAGAGCAGGCGAAAGCUGUAGAACAACUCAAAGAUGCUGAAAUCCUCUUGGCAGACAACAACUUUAUUGCAGAGAUAACUCACCUGCUCCCCAAACUCCAGUGGGUCCAAGGAACUUGGGCAGGAGUUGAGGGACUUGUUGAUUUUUUUAGGGAUAAGCCAAAGCCAAAUUUUCCAAUCACUCGUAUGGUUGGGGAUUCCUUCGGUCAGCUUAUGGCAGAAUAUACAGUUGGUCGCAUCAUAAGUCAUGAACGAGACUGGUUUGAGUGUCAUCAAAACCAGCUGAAAGGUUUGUGGCUUCAUGAGAAGAAGAUUCAUUACUACCGUAGUUUACAGGACUUGGUAGUUGGAAUACUUGGAAUGGGAAACAUUGGAAAAGAAGUUGCAAGAUGCCUCAAAACAUUCCGAUGCACUGUGCACGGUUACAGCCGCUCAGUCCCAAGUAAUGAGAAUAGAUGUGUUAGUGUUGAUAAAUAUUGGCAUACUGGAGAGCUUUCAUCCCUGUUGAAGGAGUGUGAUUAUGUUGUAAAUAUCAUGCCAUCAACCCCAGAGACAAGAGGAAUGCUUGGGGGAGAUAUCUUGAAGGAUGCAAAAGAUGGAGCUGUUCUUAUUAACAUUGGCCGUGGAGACCUCAUAAGUGAAGCAGACCUGAUCAGGAGCCUUGACUCUGGUUGGUUGUCAGCAGCCAUUUUGGAUGUUUUUGCCAAGGAACCUCUAUCCUCGGAAAGUCCCCUGUGGAAGCAUCCCAAAGUGGAGAUUACUCCCCACACUGCAGGAACUAGCAGACCCGAAGAUGUGUCUAAGACUUUUAUUCAAAACUACAAGCGUUUCUGUCAGGGUGUUCCAGCACUAUUUCCCAUUGACUGGAAUGCAGGUUAUUAAGGGCCUCUUGUAUAGUUAGAUUGUGAUCAGCCCCCAUACAGCAGCGACAUUCAUAUAUCGUUCAGAAGAGAUUACCAAAAAAUUCAGUGCAAAUUACCAGCGAUUCAUUAAGAACGAGCCACUAAUUGGGGCAGUUGAAUGGAAUAAAGGCUAUUAGCCUUUGUAGGUCUGGCAGGAUCAGAAUUAUUACAAUAUGCCUUUUCAGUAAGUCAGGAUAUUCUUCAUCAUCUCAGUUUUCGUAUUCUUUUCCUUCUAUUUUGUCGGGUAUAGAAUUAUUGUAUGGUGCCUGCAGAAUAACUCCGGAUUUUUUUCUUCUGUUGUGUCAGGAUAACUCUCUCUCUCUCUCUCUCUCUCUCUCUCUCUCUCUCUCUCUCUCUCUCUCUCUCUCUCUCUCUCUCUCUCUCUCUCUCUCCAAAUGCUUUGUUUACUUAUGGCAAGACAUCUCCGUUGCUUGGCACUUAACAGCAGUAUCCCAUGGCAAGAUAUUCUUGUCACUAUGGUCAUCAUCCAAAUUUUUCCAAGAACUCUCUGUCAUGCAGAGCCAGUAGGUUAAUAGUUUUAUUCUCAAUUUACAAAACAAAAACAAGAAAACGUUUCUUUCUUAAUAUUCUUGCUUUCUUUUAUCUCUGUUCUUUGUUUUGAUGUUGGAGGGAAAAAUAUUCUUAUAAUCAUAAGUAGAUUUUGAGUAUUUCUAUCUUGUGUGUUUUUAAUUUCAGCUUUUGUUACAGCUAAUGAAAUUAAUCUUAUAGAGAACAUUUAUUUCAGCUGUAGUAAAAUAAAGAUUUUAUAAAUGCAUAUUUUAUAAUGACAAAGAAAUGAAAAUGAAAAUGUAAAAUCUUUGACCUAUUACAGAAAUUUACACUAAUUAUAUCAAGGAUUCCAGAUAUUUUGAGUGUGAGCGAUAGAUGACAAUUAUACUUAUUUUAGUAUAUAUUUCUUAAACAGGAUCCAAUAAAUAUUCUAAAUAUCUAAUGCAGGAGAGUCUAAUGACCAAAUAACCAUGUCUUCCAGUCAGCCAGAUGUAAAUAGAUACUAUGAAGUGUUACAAGCAAUAUCAAUCAGUGUAUUUUUUUUCCUGUUAUGCAAUAUUCUGAAAUAAAAUUACUUGGAAUUCAGUAUUUUGAAAUAAAGAUUAUUUGGAAUUUUA